AUGAUUACAGAACUUGACUGUUAUUCAAAUGAACAAUUAAAUAAUUAUCAAGAAAUAUUUUCAUUUUUUGAUCGUUAUAAUACCGGUGAAAUAUAUUUGAAUGAAUUAGGUUUAAUCAUUCGAUCAAUUGGUUUCGAUCCAAGUGAAAUAAAAGUCAAGGAAAUUCAAGAAGAAUAUAUACAAAACGGAUUAGAUAAAAUCAAUUUCCAACAAUUUUUACAAAUAUUGAUUAGUUUUACAAAUGAAAUAGACGAUGAAAUCGAUAUUAUUGAAGCAUUUCGUAUUUUUGAUAAGGAAGGUCAAGGUUUUAUAAUAAAAGAAGAACUUCUACAUAUAAUGACACAUCUUGGUGAAAAAUUAUCAAUUGAAGAAGCUGAAGAAAUGAUGCAUGAUGCUGAUAUCUAUUGUGACGGAAAGAUUCGUUACGAAGAAUUUGUUAAAAUAAUGACAGAAUUAAGUUAA